GCAUGCGCUCCGUUAAACAGGCUCGGGCCCCAUCGAGAAAGGAUCUACAAACCUAUGCGGGAGGUACCAAGGAGGCGGUGGGCGGGAGGGUGGCUUGGCGUUUCGCCACGCUUUAUCUCCGACCCAAAUGUUUUAAUCAGCUACCCUGCGCGGGGUUUUGGUCUAUCUUUGGUUAGACAAUCCUAUCUCCUCCUCCUCCUCUACUCUUUCUCCUUCCUUUCCGCUGGCUCCACCCCUACUUUGAUGAAAGUGGUAUGCUCUGACUUCCUUGGCUCCGCCUCUUUAUCCCCCCCCUCUACUAGAUGGAAGAUUCCUUCCAGUCGCUCCAGCGCUAUUGCCGCCAGGGGUCCUCCUGCGCCGCGCGGAUCGUCCUAAGUGUUCGCAGGGGGAUUUCCGUGCAAUUGGAUACAAUUGCAAUUGGGACGUUGCACCGGCGGUGGGGAGUCGGCGUUGUGCGAGCCCGCAAAAGAGCCUUGACAGCAGGUCAGAGACCGCUGGUGUUGCCUACUCUGACUGGCAGCGGCUCCCCAAGGGGGUCAGAAAGCGGGGGGGGGGGGCAUUCCCAGGCCUACCUGGAUUGAACCUGGGAGCUUCUGCCUGCAAGGUAGAGAGACCUUAAGAUCAAGGAGACACGUGGUCCUCCAGAUGUUCUCGUGCUGCAAAUCCCAACCAGUGUGGCUAAUGCGAGCUGCUCUCCAGUAGCAUUUGGAGGUCUACGCAUUAGUCCACAACUGAAGUAGAGCCUGGCUAGCAAUAGGAAGCAACUAGCAGCAUCUUCCUGCAACCGUAGGAAAUGGGGCUGCUCUUGCAAGGAUCGCUGAGCCCCCUUCUCUCUCUCUUUCUCAGAGAAAGAGAAGUAAUGUGGGUCUGGCUUGAUCACUGUGAGAUCAUUUGUUGUUGUUUAGUCGAGUCCGACUCUUCGUGACCCCAUGGACCAGAGCACACCAGGCACUCCUGUCUUCCACUGCCUCCCGCAGUUUGGUCAGACUCAUGCUGGUAGCUUCGAGAACACUGUCCAACCAUCUCGUCCUCUGUCGUCCCCUUCUCCUUGUGCCCUCCAUCUUUCCCAACAUCAGGGUCUUUUCCAGGGAGUCUUCUCUUCUCAUGAGGUGGCCAAAGUAUUGGAGCCUCAGCUUCAGGAUCUGUCCUUCCAGUGAGCACUCAGGGCUGAUUUCCUUAAGAAUGGAUAGGUUUGAUCUUCUUGCAGUCCAUGGGACUCUCAAGAGUCUCCUCCAGCACCAUAAUUCAAAAGCAUCAAUUCUUUGGCGAUCAGCCUUCUUUAUGGUCCAGCUCUCACUUCCAUACAUCACUGCUGGAAAAUAUGGAAUCAUAGAUUUGGAAGGCACCACAAGGAUAUUAUUGUUGUUGUUGUGGAUUGAAUUUAUACACCGUCCUAUACCCAGAGGUCUCAGGGCGGUUCACAGAACAAAAUCAAAAUAUAAAACCACAAUAUAUGUAAUCAAAAUAAAAACAACAACCCAAUAACACCCCCUUCCCCACACAAAAUAAAGAGCCAUAUUUUAAAAGGGCAUAGGAUAUGCAAUGCAGGAAUAUUUUGUCCAAUGUGGGGCUCGAACCCUGACAUUAUCAGUCUCAUGCUCUACCAACUGAGCUGCAUGAAAGGUAGCAACCUAGAGUUACAGAUGCUGGGGAUUUUGGCUUCAUGGUGGGUAAAAUACAGUUCCCAGGAUUCUUUGGGAGAAGCAGCGUGCUUUAAAUGUCUAAAGGGAGCAAAGGAGUGGGAAAAGUACAGUGGUACCUCGGGUUACAUACGCCUCAGGUUACAGACUCCGCUAACCCAGAAAUAUUACCUCGGGUUAAGAACUUUGCUUCAGAAUGAGAACAUUCUGGCGGCGCGGCAGCAGCAGGAGGCCCCAUUAGCUAAAGUGGUGCUUCAGGUUAAGAACAGACCUCCGGAACGAAUUAAGUACUUAACCUGAGGUACCACUGUACUGCUCUCUUUCUCUCUGACCAGUUCUGUGUAGGUCCAGUCCAGCUCUGCUCCCCAGUAUUUCACCCAAAGAGAGAAGGCAAGUGGAAAGAGGAGGCAGAAGCUUUCCUGCCUAUUCACCUCUACUCUCUGGACACAGCGUGAUGGACCCAGUCCUUACCACAAUAGCAAGUGAGAUGGCAAGUGAGCAACCGAAGACAGUGGUAGCUGUUCCAUGCAAUUGCAACUCAUUUAUGUCUCCUUUUGCAGGCAAAAGGGGCAGCAUCUGCUCUGGGGGACCUGCUGUCUAAGGAGGAGGUGAUACUGCUAUAGAACUAAUGGGUCAGAACUAAUGGGUUCUGCUGAGAUCCUGGCCCAUCAGCAGCUGCCCCAAGCUGUUGACCCCUGAUGUCAAGCCCUGAUCAAAGCACUUCCUUCUAUCCAUUCCUUAUAUACCCACUGAAUUAUGGGUAUGUUGCAGCAGAGGGCAACAGUGAGCAUGAAUACUAAGUCUUCAGUGCUAAGCAAAAGAUCCUGUUUAUUCGACCAUCCUUUGAAACUGUUAUGUGCUUAAGAUUUUGGCCUUUGUACAGUAUAACAGAGGUUAAAAUUGUGCUGAUUUGUGUAAAGAAAAAAGAAAAGGAAUAUAAGCUACUUCCUCCAAAUUUAAUUUAAUAGAGAGUGAUUGUGUAUGAUUUUCUAAGACUUGGCUCCAUCUUAUCUUCAUUUUUCCAGGCUGUAUAAUAUUGGAAUGGAAGAAGACUCUGACAGGGCAGUGGCAUUCCACUCUUGCACUUACGUGAAUGAUCACAUUGGCUUCUGCGGCAGCUUAAAAACGUUCCCAAAGGACUUUGUAGUAACAGAAAUUAAUGCAUUCGGGCAGUUAGUUAAUGAGAUCAUAGCAGAUUCUUCUAAUAAAUCCUGUGAGAGCCUGUCAGAACAAGCUGGGUUCUGUCAACAGGAUCCCAAAAGGCUGAGACUGAGUCGUCCAGAACUGUGCACAGAUGAGGAAUAUUGCAACAUUCGGGAUGAUGAUGUUCACUGUUCCCCAGAAUGUCUUUCUUUCUCUGUUGGAGAAAGUGAAGAAUAUAAAGCUGAUAUUGUACCUGAAAACCACCUUGCCAAAGCUGUUCCCCUGGACUCCUUAUUAGAUAAGCCCUUAAGGGAGCAACUCGGUCAGUUUGCUUGCCGUGUGAAAGACAUGUGGGAGUCUAAAUCUGAACUAGGGGUUCCUCCAGAUGAAUUUUCUCUUGGUCCAGUCCUUGACAAGAAGAAUCGAGCCAGCUUGCAUGGUGCCAUCAGACAGGAAUACCCUUUCUUAGCCACGGUGACAAAAUGUGGUGAGAUUAUUGUAAAAGCAAAUCAGGACUACCAAGAUCUUUGCCAGCUGGUGUCUGAAGAGGAAGCAUGUGGCUUUAUGAAAUUUUUAGAUGCCAAACUAGAAAAAUCAAAGUUUGCUUUCAGACCGGAUGGAGAUAAGGAACACCGGAAGAUGGUUCACCACUUUAUCAGUAAAAAAUUUGGGAAGCUUGUAGAAACCAAGUCUUUCACCGACGCUCAACAAAAGGUGGUCAUUAUAGUAAGGUUUCGUGAGAAAAGUGGUUCAAGGAAAAGGGCUGCUGUUGACAGUGGGAUGAGAAAAGAAAUUUACACAGGUAAGUAUGCAACAACAAUUUUGUCACUUCCUUGGAAGGGUUUAUAUGUCCUUUGAAAAUCCAUCAGCCUAUCAUAGACUAAUGUAUCACUGUCUUAUGGGACGUGGGUGGUGCUGUGGGUUAAACCACAGAGCCUAGGACUUGCCGAUCAGAAGGUCGGUGGUUCGAAUCCCCGUGAUGGGGUGAGCUCCCGUUGCUCGGUCCCUGCUCCUGCCAACCUAGCAGUUCGAAAGCAUGUCAAAGUGCAAGUAGAUAAAUAGGUACCACUCCAGCGGGAAGGUAAACGGCGUUUCCGUGUGCUGCUCUGGUUCGCCAGAAGCGGCAUAGUCAUGCUGGCCACAUGACCCGGAAGCUGUACUCUGGCUCCCUCGGCUUGUAAAGUGAGAUGAGCGCAGCAACCCCAGAGUCGGUCACGACUGGACCUAAUGGUCAGGGGUCCCUUUACCCUUUACCUUUAUCACUGUCUUAAUGAAAUCUACAUGCAUGAAGUCACACAGAGACAGCUUUAUUGCGGUCCAUAGACCCAAAAUACACAGUACAACAAUGGUAAAUGUCAGUCAUUAUUAAGGUGUAAGAUCGGCCUUGCUUGAAUGAAGUCAGCACUUGUUAAAAAGAGCCACAUCACAAUAAGCUGGUUCACUCUUAAGGUUAAACCAUUGCCUAAAACAAACUAUGGUUUAACAAGCACUUUGCUCCUCCCCUACGCCUGACUGUGCUGUAUCGGGGAGGAAAUAAGCCAGAGUUUGGUUUGUUGUGAUGUGUACAAUCAGGAAUUGAGCGGGCUCAUGCCUCAGACGCCUCGGCUUCCGCUUGUAGGUUUGUUUGGAGGAAAACAAACGAUGCGCCCAGGUUCACAUGCCACAAGAAAUCAAACCUGCUUGUUCCUGGCUUGCUUCUGCCCCCCUAGUGGCAAAGUCAUGAACUGGGAGAGGAGUAAAGUCCUUGUUUUGAUUAAACUAUGGUUUGUUUUAAACUAUGGUUUCAUGUUGCAUGUGAGCCAGGCUGGAACUGAUGAGAGUUGUAGUCUAGCAUCAUUGGGAGGGCACUAGGUAGAACCAGUGAUGCACAGGCAAGAAUAUCAUUUCUGCAAGUAAUUGCCGUGUAGCAUGGAGUAAAAUAUGUUACUAGUUUAUGUGAGAGAUAUGCUUACCUACAGGGUGGAGUUGAUUUAAAUCAAAUUGAUUUAAAGCACUAGUCAGUAAGACUUGAUUUAAAUCUUUUUUUCUUUUUUUUACAGAAAGACUCAUUCUUUCUGGUAUAAUCUUAAUAUUUACAACCAGAUGAAGGUUUCAUUUUAGGAAUAAUAAAUUUUCAGAGUAGUUUUUACAAUUAUAUCAGAAAUUACUGAUUUGGAUAUACUAUUAGAAAUACCUAGACAGGUAAUUAUGAAAUUAUUGUGAGGUUUAAUAAGUUACCUGUUUAUAUUUAGACAGCAUUUCUGCUGUACUUUAUUGGAAGGAGAAAAAUAAUCAUUUCCUUAAUAACAAUUUAAACAAUUUAUUUAACUAAAACAGUAACAUUAUGUAUCCAUAUGUAUCCAUGUUUGUUAACUGAUGUGGUUAAAUAAUUUUUUUUUCAAAAAACCCCCAACAGACUGAGUUUUAGCAAACAUGAAAAACUUAUUAUUAUUUUUUUAAAAUAAUAUUUAUUAAGAUUUGAAAGGUUACAAAAAGAAAAAAUAGUGAACAGCAUAUCAAGCAAAAACAGAACAUCACAUCACAAUAAGAAAAAAAAGAAGAAGAAAAAGAAAAAAGAAAAAUAUAUACAAUGAAUCUUCCCAUAACUUAUCUUUUGUUUACUUGUUUCCUUGACCUCCUCACACCUCCCUUUUUUGUAUUCUAGUUCAGUUAGCUAUUUCAGCAAGUCCUUUCCAUCUUUUCCAGUUUUUGUCCUAUAUUUUGUCUUAAUAUAAUGUAACUUUACUUUCACCAUUUAACAAUUUGUUUUUUCUUAAUGCUUUAUAGCAUUUCUGCUAAAACCACAUUACUUCAUUCCUCAAACAUGAAAAACUUAAAACAAAUCCUUAUUUCCUGAUGAAUAGCCUUUGGACUGUAAUGUAACUUAAAAAGAAAACUAUCUUUAGAAAGAAUUUUCCUCCAAAAGCAUUUUAUUUUCAAAAUCCAAUUUAAAUUAAAAAGUGAUUUAAAUUUAAAAAAUCAUUUUUUAAAAAAUAAAAGUUUAAAAAAUUUGAUUUUUAUCAAAUAACUUUGAUACUGCAUUUGCUAACAUUUAGAAACGGCUUAAAACAAGGUAUUUCUACUCCAGCUUAGUUUUAGUUUUACUGAUUUCAGUAGAACAAGGAUUAGUCAGUAAAAGACCCAUUUUUCUCAAUUGCUUAGCCGAUGCCUACACUAUCCUAUCAACAGAUCUUCCAUUAGCUCAGUCGUUUGAGAGGGACACCAUUCAUGUUUUCUGAGCAACGCCAUCCACUUGGGUGCACUGACUCUGCAAUAAUGUGGUUUCAGCUUUUACUCUCCGGAAAGAGAACCUGGAAACACUUGAAGCAAUUAGCUUCUUGUCUGCUGAACUUGGCGUGCUCCCUUCAGACUUCAGUUACACAGGCAUUAAAGACAAGAAGGCCAUUACGUACCAAGCUAUGGUUGUGAAGAAGGUGACGCCUGAAAGGUAAUGAGAGAUUUGUGGUCGCACUUUAACAUCAUGGUUUGAAUUAGACUCUAGCUCUCUUUUUAAAUUCAGAUCUAGUAUUUAAUUUUGCUGGUUAGAAAGGAGCUCCAUUUUGUUUUGAGUUCUUAACACUUGAAGCAAUAUGGAAAGUUAAAAGUCCUUUGGUAUGCUGCGCAUCUAGAACAGGGGUAGGAACCCAGGAGCCAAAUGUGAUCCUCCCAGCUUUUCUGUCCGGCUCUCUGGACUCUUGAUUAAUAAGCUGUGUUCUUGAGUACCAUUAAGAUAGAAAUAAUUUCCCUUCUUUUCAAAGCAUUGCUCAUUUAGUACAUGAGAAACAUGUUGAUUUGGGUGUUUAUUUCUACAGCUGCACAUGUAGCAAAAUGGUGUAAUGUUACUUGUCUUAAAGCAAUUUUCACGGUUAAUCGGCUGAACCUUUCACUUGCUUUCUCAUCGUUCUGAUCCCCAAGAAUCUGUUGUUCAUCAAAGGGAAACUUUGUCUGCAACGCUCUCUAAAGCAUAAUGACUCUUUCCUUGUCGGCCUUACAAAAAUAAACUCGCAGGACCAUUUCUCUCCUCGGGUGUGUAAUGUACAUGCUUGUAAUUGAAAACACAGCUGACAGUUCAAAUAUCUGACCCUGAAGUGUUCAUUUAAUCUUUUACUUCUAACACACAUGAAAUCCCCAUUCAAGCCGAGGAAAUGUUUUUCCAAGUAGAACUGCCACAGAAUUGUGUGUGAGAUUGGGGCAACACGUUGAAAAUGCAAUGUCGAUUAAGUCCCUUUUUCUCUCUCUCGCAGAAGUAUUCUGUAGAGUCUGUUACUAGUUAGCCCUCCCUUUUUUUCUUAAGCCAUUUCUGCUUAUACUUUUUUAUUGAAUACUACGCUGUUCUCACUCCCCAACUUUGCCCCGCCAGUCUUGGCUAAAUUCUUAUUCCUCAGCGCAAGGAUAUCUUUCUAUGUAUCAGUUGCACUACUUUUAUUUAGUCAUCAUGCAUAUUGCUUAUAAUGCAUGUCCCUAUAUAGUGAACAAAUAAACAAACGAAACUUGAAUACAGUAUCUUCUUUAGCUUGUCUUCCACAGCUUGAGAAAGUCUUACUCUCUCAUUUCCAAUAAUCUGCACACUGGUUGUUUUUACUUCUUUGUGGUUGUUAGUUGUCCAGGACAUUUUGCAAAAAUUAAAAAUGGGAAAGUAGGAUACGACUGUGCAAAUAUACAACAACAAUUAAAAACACAGUUUGAGCUGAGAGACAAAAAUAGGUAGUAGAAUCAGCCCAAAGAGCAAAAACAGUAAUAUUUUCAAGUGGCAUAGGAAUGUCAACAGGGAGAGAAACCAAAUGGAGUUCUGUAGUUUCGACCACCGCACACAGCCUGCUCCCUGACUACGCCCAUGCUUUGCCUGCUCCUAUGCACUUAUCUCCUAUGAACUAUGCUCCUAUGCACUUAUUGGGACGUGGGUGGCGCUGUGGGUUAAACCACAGAGCCUAGGACUUUCCGAUCAGAAGGUCGGCAGUUCGAAUCCCCGUGACGGGGUGAGCUCCCGUUGCUCGGUCCCUGCUCCUGCCAACCUAGCAGUUCGAAAGCACGUCAAAGUGCAAGUAGAUAAAUAGGGACCGCUCCGGCGGGAAGGUAAACGGCAUUUCCGUGCGCUGCUCUGGUUCGCCAGAAGUGGCUUAGUCAUGCUGGCCACAUGACCUGGAAGCUGUACACCGGCUCCCUCGGCCAAUAAAGCGAGAUGAGCGCCGCAACCCCAGAGUCGGUCACGACUGGACCUUUAUGCACUUAUCAUGAGCUGGGUAAUACAUAUACAACAUUAUCACUCUAAAAAUUGAUGGUUGGGUGGUCUUCAUAUGGAUACAUAUGGUAUGUGCAUUAAAAAGUGACAAGGUUUGUGUGCAAUGCUUUUAUCAAUAAGUACUUUUUGUUUAGCCUCCCUCCUGCAAAAAUCAGGCCACAAUCUUAGCACAUUGUGGGGCCGAGAGCACAUUAUUGCAGAAUUUCUGCUAAUGCAUAUUUUGCAGCAGUGUUAAGUGGUAGCAACGAAAUAUCAAAAGUUGAAGGUCCAAGCAAGGGCAUGCUUCCCCCCGGCCCCAGCAAAACCAUUGCCAGUAAAAUGCUAUAGGAAGCUCAUUUUUUGAAAACUGCUUCCUUGUUAAAAUAUUCAGUGUCUAGAAAAUGACACGGCAUUUCCAACGUUUGCUUUCUGCAGAUUGAAAGAACUUGGAAACACCAUUGGGAAAAAAGGAAUUGGUGUGUCUAAUGUACACUCUGCCAGUCAGCCACUGAGACUUGGUCAGUUGCAAGGAAACCAUUUUGAUAUAAUUGUAAGAGAUUUAAAACUUAAAAGCGAUGACUGUUCUGCGAGCCUAAAGGAGAGAGUAUAUCAAGCAACUGAGAACGUCAAGGUAAAGCAGGAGUACAUUUCAAAAGAUGCUGCCUCUAGCUUUCGUGCCUCUGUGAUUUUAAAAUACUACAUAGUGUCCAGAUCAGCAUUGCAAGCUAAAGAUGCACCUCUUUGCCUUAGCUUUGGGCACCUGAGGUGUGUAUUUUUGGAUCCACCUUAUUUUUGUAAGUCUAAACUGUGUUUAAUACUAUGUAACAUUGUAUAUUGGACGCAGGUGGCGCUGUGGGUUAAACCACAGAGCCUAGGACUUGCCGAUCAGAAGGUCGGUUGUUCGAAUCCCUGCAACGGGGUGAGCUCCUGUUUCUCAGCCCCUGCUCCUGCCAACCUAGCAGUUCAAAAGCAUGUCAAAGUGCAAGUAGAUAAAUAGGUACCUCUCCGGUGGGAAGGUAAACGGCAUUUCCGUGCGCUUUUCUGGUUCGCCAGAAGCGGCUUAGUCAUGCUAGCCACAUGACCCGGAAGCUGUAUGCUGGCUCCCUCGGCCAGUAAAGCGAGAUGAGCGCCGCAACCCCAGAGUUGGCCACGACUGGACCUAAUGGUCAGGGGUCCCUUUACCUUUACCUUUAACAUUGUAUAUUAAUAUUAAUGUUGUGUUUUAAUAGUCCUAAUCUGCCCCAGAACCUUAGGAUGACGGGUGGGAAAUAAACUACUGUAGUAGUAGUAGUAGUAGUAGUAGUAAUAGUAACAAUAACACAAGUAUAGUAAUAGCUCCAUGCUAUUCUGCAUCUGGGGAACACUGUGUACAGUUCUGGGUGCUACAUUUGAAGAAGGAUAUUGAUAAAUUGGAGUAUAUCCAGAGAGGGGUAGCCAAGUGGUCUAGAGAACAAGCCCUAUGAGGAAUGGUUGAAGGCUGGAGAAGGUUAAAGGGAGCCAUGAUUCGUUUUCUUCAGAUAUCUGAAGGGCUAUCUAGGGGAUGGCCAGAAGGCACAUGGGGCCACCAUCUUGCUGAAGCUAAACAGCAAUGGAUCUGGUCAGUGCUUGGAUGGGAAACCACCUGGGAGCUGUAUAUAUGGAAGGAAGAGGUGAUAUAUAAAUGUAAGAAAAUGAAUAGUAAUAAAUAGGAUGGAGCAGACUUCUUCUCUGUUGCUCCAGAUGGCAGGACCUAGAGAAAUUGCAGGGAAGCAGAUUCCAGCGAAACCUUAGCAGAAACUUCCUAACAGUAAGAGCAGAUGGGUCUCCUUCACUGAAGGUAUUCAAGCCGAUGCAGAAUGGUCAGGCGUAGUUGCAAGAUUCUUGUAUUGAACAUGGGGGUGGGCUACACAGCCACCUAGGUCCCUUCUAACUCUAAAAUGCUACGAUUCUUCGUCUGUUUAACUUUUCCUCUUCUGCUUUGCAGAAAAAUGGUUUUAUAAAUUUCUAUGGACCUCAGCGAUUUGGACAAAGGCAGACUAUACAGACAGAUCAAAUUGGAUUGGCUUUGCUGAAUGAAGAACUGGUACACACACACACACAAUUUUAUACUUCCCUUCCUCCUAAGAGCUAUUGGGGUGGGGUGGGGUUACACAUAGUUUUCCUUCCCUAUUCUAACAUUGCAACAAUUUUGUGAGCUAGGUUAGUCUGAAAGAGAUGCACUGGCCCAUGAUCACUCAGUGAGCUUUAUGGCGGUGUGUGUGAGAACAGGGUCUUUUUUAAAAAUCGGAUUAUCAUUCCCUCAAUUUCCAUUGUUUACACUGUGAGUGUUGUUCCUUAUGUAGAUAAAACAGCACCCACUGUGCAGACUUAGGGGGACUCCCAAGGUUUGCAGAAGUACAUAAAAAUCUUUAGAAAAUGUAAAGUGGGAGGGGAAGGAACCCCAAACAGUCCAUGAGGACUAAGUGUGUGCCACAUUUGGACAUAGGUCGCCCUUGUAAAAGUCCAAUCAUUCAGAAUCAAAGCUGGUGCUAACUUAAGAAACUUUUAAGAACACGUAAAGCAACAUGGCAUUUGUGUUUACUUGCCUUAAAGGUCAAGGCGGUGAAAUUGUUUUUCACGCCAGAAGAUUCAGAUGAUCCUGUAAAUAAAGCGAAGAAAUACUUCCUUCAGACCGGUAAAUAUGCCAUCUCCUAUGAAACAUAUCGCAGGAAGAAAACCUUGCUGCGUAGUGAGGAAGAAACGUUUGGGUUUAUUAACAGAAGCAAUAUUAAAAUCAGUGGAAGUCAGUAAAUAGUUAUGCGCUCGUGUGUGUAUGUGUAUCUUAAAAGAUUCUCAGUAUUUGCUUUUUAAAAGAUAUUGAUAUACAGUACUGCUUAACAUUCAGCAUUUCGUAAUGUAUAUAUAAAGAUAUAUAAAAUAUAUACAGUCGUACCUUGGAAGUCGAACAGAAUCUGUUCCAGAAGUCUGAUUGACUUACAAAAUGUUUGAAAACCAAAUUGUGGCUUCUGAUUGGCUGCAGGAAGCUCCUGCAGCCAAUCAGAGGCUGUAGAAGCCCUGUCGGACAUUCAGGUUCCUAAAGAACAUUCGCAAACCGGAACAGUCGCUUCCGGAGCCAAAACGUAUGAGUUCCAGGGCAUUUGACAACCAAGGUACGACUGUAUUUAAAGCGUACAAGGAAUAAGAUCAAUUCAAUUCAUUUAUUUAAAGGCGGAAAACUCCCUCAGAAUGCCUGUUGAAAUAAGAAAGUCUUUGUUAGAUGUCUGAAGUUCCUUGGAGGGCAGUGUGUUUGUGUGUCUUUUUCUGCUCUCCAUUGUGAACAAUGGGUUACAUCACACAAUACUUGGCCCAUGUCUUGAGUUAGCACAUCUCCCACGUCUGUCUCCACCAGACCUUAUUUAUUUAUUUAAAAAUACAAGUUGAAGGACAUCAACAACAAGGACUUUAUUUGCGUAGCCAACAGGCCAUAGCAUCAAAGGACAAACACCGUCAAAAAUACAUUACAAAUAUAGUUACCGUAUAAUCUUAUGGCCUAUUAAAACCCUGGUUUCACCUCAGAUCGUAUAAAUCUUUCACCUUUUACAAGUUGAAGUAGUAGAGCUACAAUGUCAAGAUAUGCCUUAGUUGCUUUGACAAGCUAUUAUAUGGGCAUGGUGCCCUUUUACGUGACUGCGGCGAUUACUGUCACCCUGCAGUGACCCACCUUAGGUCUUUGCCCACGAAAAUCUCUCCUGUAAUUUUAAACACUCUUGCUUUCAUUUCUGAACGUUCGCUGCAAAGUUUCCUUUCCAUAUUGCCCUUUCCUCCACGGGGCUUUUCUUUGCCGCUUCCAGUGUAACUGGAGCUCCCUAGAGAGUUGGCUGCUUCAGUGAUGUAACUAACCUUUUCUUCAAACUGCCAGGAAUUAAUUGCUUUCCCAUGCCCUGAAGAGCUACAUAGAAAAAGGGAAGUAAUCAUCACCUAAUUGAGCAGUGAGCUGCAGAAUAUAGACCACAGCAUGACAUCAUUUUCAGCACCUUUUUAAUGGGGGGGGCACUAUUUGCAGAAAGGAUCCCCCCCCCUCACAAGAUUAUACAUUUGCCCAUGUUAGGAGGUUAGCAGAAAGGAAGUGAGUAACUGAGGGGAAUGGACGUGCCUGAUAAGAUCUGCAGGUGCGAGUGUUGCUGUUUUUUUCUGGGAAAGGGGUUUUCUGAAAAUGUCGUUUCAGAUUCUGCUGUAAAGAUGCUGUUCUUCAGCGAUGAAAAUCAAGCAAAAUAAGGAAAAACUAUUUUUUGAUACAUCAUUUCCCCCUUUGAGCUGAGUUGAUGGACACAUUUAGUAUUCCCCUUGCCUCUAACACAUUCAGAAGAGUGGACUCUCUCAGCAUUACUUACUUGAAGCAAAAGCACAUUUACCUAACAUUCCUUGGUUAGAGGAAUUAAGGGAUGUGUGUGGGUGAUGAAUUGGAAACAGAAAUAUUAGUUUUCUCUGAGUUUGAAAUCUGAAAUACUCCCUCUUUUCCUACAAAUGUUACCACCCACGCCAAAAAGACCACUUCUUUUUCUUAACAAUUUUCCUGCUUUCCUUAUGGAAAUGCAAUUCUUUUCAUUCUCAUUGCCUUCUCUGGCUCUCACUUUCCAUUGACUUCGCUUGUCCUUAACGAUGCUGUGAUGUAGUCAAAUCACAUGGGCUGCAUAGUGCCAGGAUGAUACCCCAUUCCCUGUGUGAUCCCAGAUCACCUGAAAUUGCCAAGGUGGCUAAUGGGAUAAGAAGAAAGAAGUAGCAGGAAGAAAUAGUGCAGAAAGUGGAAAGGAAACAGUGAGCCAGUUUGUACGUGACACUAAGCUAAACCAUGGCUAAGCUAAUGAAUCUGCAUGCAGGUAGCUGCAGCAGAAAUCAUGGCCGCUUUGCUUCUCACCUGCGUCUCCUGAAGCUAAGCCAUGGUUUGUGUUAGUAUUGUGUCCAAACCCAGACUCAUUGUUUGUCUUCCCCAGACAACCAUGAACAGCAAGCCAGGAACAAACCUUGGCUACAACUUAUGGUUUGUCUAGAGCAAGGCAGGUAGACUGGUGACUGGGAGUGGCUGCCAAGACCACAUAACACCGGUCCUGAAAACCUACAUUGGCUCACAAUACGUUUCCGAGCACAAUUCAAAGUGUUGGUGCUGACCUUUAAAGCCAGGCAUAGGCAAACUCGGUCCUCCAGAUGUUUUGGGACUACAACUCUCAUCAUCCCUGACCACUGGUCCUGUUAGCUAGGGAUGAUGGGAGUUGUAGUCCCAAAACAUUUGGAGGGCUGAGUUUGCCUAUGCCUGUUUAAAGCCCUAAACAGCCUUGGCCCAGUAUACUUGAAGAAGCAUCUCCACCCCCACCGCUCAGCCCGAACACUGAGGUCCAGCUCCGAGGGUCUUCUGGCAGUUCCCUCACUGCGAAAAGUAGGGUUACAGGGAACCAGGCAGAGAGCCUUCUCGGUGGUUGCACCCGCCCUGUGGAACGCCCUCCCAUCAGGUUUCAAGGAAAUAAACAACUAUCUGACUUUUAAAAAACGUCUGAAGGCAGCCCUGUUUAGGGAAGUUUUUAAUGUUUGAUGUAUUUAUCGGGUUUUUAAUAUUCUGUUGGGAGCAUGCCAGAGUGGCUGGAGAAACCCAGCCGGAUGGGUAGGGUAGAAAUAAUAAAUUGUUGUUGUUGUUGUUAAGUAAACUGGGCGGGGGGGGAGGAGGAAAUGAAACAAGUAAAACAUCAUCAUCAUAAUCAUCAUCAUAGUAGUUGAGAUAAAUAUUUAUCUGCCCCCAAAGUGCUAUUUUUGACAUGGAAAAGUGGAGAGCAAAUCUGCACAUUAGCCUCCUUUGCUUUUAAAAGGGAUCCUUUCAGUUUUUUCAAACUAAUGAAUGAAUAAAUCCGACAGCUUAGAGUUGGGGCUCCUUGACUCUUGGAAGUACAAGCACCUUUGCAAAGCCAAGAGGGCACAGUCUCAACCGGGAACAAACACAGAGCAUAAUGCACGUGGUGGAGAGGACUCAAAAGGGGGGAAAUCAGUGGGCAAAAGAAGCAACCAGCACCUUUCAACCACCCACUGCUUCUCAUAUGAUAUGUGGAGGAGAAACAGAAGUUGUGCUACGAAGGUGCACCUUAGAAGCAGAAUGUGUAGAAAGAAGCUCAUGAUCAGUUUUCUCUGUUUUUCAGAGGACGCCAAAGGUACCCUCGCAAUGCUGCCUGACUUCAAAGUCAGAGAGACGAUGCUACUGCGUGCCUUGAACCGCUACGGUAUAAAUCACGAGGGAUGUGCUCGAGGGUGGCUCAGUAUUCCUCACUCCAUGCGUAUUUUCUACGUCCAUGCAUAUUGCAGUAAGAUUUGGAACGAAGCCGCUUACUACCGGAUUAAGAUCUACGGGACAAGAGUUGUGGCUGGCGACCUCAUCUUUUCGGCAACACGUUCUGAAAGCUGUUCGCUGAAUGACAAGGUAAACAGGAGCUUGAAAGGCACGGAUAGCAAAUCUGAUCCUCUCUGGGUCUGUUAAAUUUCAUUAAAAUUCGAGCGAGGCCUUUCAUCUUCCUGGUACUCCAUAAAUAAACAUGCUGUGUUUACAAAAGGUGCAGUCUGGUUUGGCAGAACCAGUCAGAUAUAGAUUAUUUUGCUAUGCAUGUUUAUGAGAACCAAGCCUUUUUUGUGUGAACUAUAAUGUGGUCCAGGAUGUCGCAUGCAUGAAAUGGGAUAGUGCUCCUUUUGGAAUAAGAUGAAUGGAUGUCAGUUCAUGAUGUCAAUGAGUUCAGGAAAUUAAUUGGUGCAAGUUCAGGUAACAUACCCCCUUAUAAAUCAGAUCAUCCUAUAAUUAUAUUUUUUUUUUGCAAAAAAUAAUAAUAAACCUAUAAAAAACCUUUACCCAUGUACAUAAUGUCUUCUGUAGAUACUACCAGUUUGCUUUCAAACUCAUCGCUAUUAUGAGGACUAGAACUGUGUCUUUGGUUUUGUUUUGUUGUUGUUGCUUAGUUUAAUAGGGUCUUCUCAAAAAUAAUGGCUAGGGAGCCAAUGAAAUUGUAUGUGGAUGGCAUCUCAGAAGAAACAGCACUGCCCAGUUAACACAGCUAUAUUUCACCUGGGCUGAAAGGCAGGGUAGAGAUAUUUAGAUAGGUUAAAAACAUAAACUCUGGAUUAUUCAAAAUGCUAUUUCAGAAAAAUAAAAAUCAGAAGACGUCAUCCAGUUGGAAGCCCAUGUACUCUUUAAUCAUGAAGUUAUUUCAGCAUGGCUAACAUUAAUUUCACAUUCUUUACCAUUUAAAGUGGUGUGUUCUGUGAUUACGAAUGAGAUAAGUACACAGCCAAGUCAAACAGUUGUUUCUAAUUUUGUGUUGGUUGAAGCCAACCAUUUGACUUUGCAAUAAAUAAUUUGGAAAUGUUUUCUCUUAAAGGAUGGCAAGGGUUGCAAUCUUAUACCAAUUCACCUGAAAGUAAGCUCCAUUGAAUCAAUGGAAUUGAAUUCUGAGUAAGCGUGCAUAGAACUGCAUUGUAGGCGUACAGUAGGCAUAUGAUUGGUUCACAUUCUACAGAAAUUCUACUGCCUCUCACUCAUGGCAAUGUCCAAGUAGUGAAGUUCCACUCGAGAAGCUCCUAUGGGUUAAGCCACUGUGCCGCUUGGGCUUGCCGAUUGAAAGGUCGGCGGUUCGAAUCCCCGCAAUGGGGUGAGCUCCCGUUGUUUGGUCCCAGCUCCUGCCCACCUAGCAGUUCGAAUGCACACAGUGCAGGUAGAUAAAUAGGUACCUCUCCAGCGGGAAGAUAAACAGCAUUUCCGUGUGCUGCUCUGGUUUCACCAGAAGCGGCUUAGUUAGGCUGGCCACAUGACCCGGAAAAACUGUCUGUGGAAGCGGACAAACACCGGCUCCCUUGGCCUGUAAAGCGAGAUGAGCGCCCCAACCCGAGUCAUUCACGACUGGACUUAAUUGUCAGGGGUCCCUUUACCUUUACAGUGGUACCUCAGGUUACAUACGCUUCAGGUUACAUACGCUUCGGGUUACAGACUCCGCUAACCCAGAAAGAUUACCUCGGGUUAAGAACUUUGCUUCAGGAUGAGAACAGAAAUAGUGCUCCGGCAGCGCGGCAGCAGCGGGAAGCCCCAUUAGCUAAAGUGGUGCUUCAGGUUAAGAACAGUUUCAGGUUAAGUACAGACCUCCGGAACAAAUUAAGUAAUUAACCCGAGGUACCACUGUAAUCAAAAUUGCCAUCAAAAUGAUAGAGCAUCGCUGCAGUACUAACAGUUCAACAAUUCAUUUUUCUUUAGAAAUAUAUCACAAAAAAUGAAGCGAGCAUGCCAGUUAAUAUCCCAAAAUAGCCCUAAAACUAAUAUAAGAUCUAAAGACCAGACACAGUUUUUUGGGCAGCUGUUCCCUCUUGGGGAACAGGUAGGUAGAAGCCGCUAUACCUUGAUGGCUAACACAGUCUCUUCCCUCCCUUUACUAGCAGAGUUCUGACAGCACAAGCCUAGCCUAGCCAUGUCUACUCUGAGCAAGACCCGCUGGGGCUUAAUGCCUGGUAGCUGGGGUUAGGAUUGCAGACUGAAUCCUUGCAUUUAUGUUUUUAACUUUCAAUACUGCAUUGCAAACUGGCCUGGGACUUAUUUGAAGGAUGGUAAUAGAAAUCUCUAGAAUAAGUCAAUAAAAACAUGUUACAUACUUUCCCCCAUUUUUUAUACCAGGUCCACAUAGUAACAGCUGCAGAAGAAGAGGCUAAUGAAUAUGCAAUAAAUCAGGUACGUUUGGGGAAAAUGCAUUUCUUUGAAGUAUUAAAGGAGCACUAGGCUUAUGACAUACACUUGUAAGUUACAGGUAUAGCUUGAUCACUGGAAAAUAUAAAUACAGUCGUACCUUGGAAGUCGAACGGAAUCCGUUCUGGCAUUCCGUUCAGCUUCCAAAACGUUCGGAAACCAAAGCAUAGCUUCUGAUUGGCUGCAGGAAGCUCCUGCAACCAAUCGGAAGCCACGGCGGACGUUCGGCUUCCGAAAAUCGUUUGAAAACCAAAACACUCACUUCCGGGUUUCGAUCGUUAGGGAGCCAAUUUGUUUGGGAGCCAAGGCGUUUGAAAUGCAAGGUACGACUGUAGAAGGAAAUGCCAACCCAAACCAAAAAUCCAGAUCUUUGUGCAUUUUGCAGGGUUUUCUCGCUACCACCCUUCCUCCAUCCCCCCACCCCUGCAAUCAGCAAUUCCUUUGUGUUCCUUUGUUAUGACAUCUCCUGGGCAUGCAUAAAGGUAAAGGUAAAGGGACCCCUGACCAUUAGGUCCAGUCGUGACCAACUCUGGGGUUGCGCGCUCAUCUCGCUCUAUAGGCCGAGGGAGCUGGCGUUUGUCUGUAGACAGCUUCCGGGUCACGUGGCCAACAUGACUAAGCCGCUUCUGGUGAACCAGAGCAGCACACGGAAAUGCCGUUUACCUUCUCGCCGGAGUGGUACCUAUUUAUCUGCUUGCACUUUGACGUGCUUUUGAACUGCUAGGUUGGCAGGAGCAGGGACCGAGCAACGGAAGCUCACCCCGUCGUGGGGAUUCGAACCGCCGACCUUCUUAUCGGCAAGUCCUAGGCUCUGUGGUUUAACCCACAGCGCCACCCACGUCCCUGGGCAUUCAUACAUGUGCUUUUAUACAAACCCGCUCCCCUUCCACAGAUACGCUCACCUUACUUUUUUCUUCCCAAAGGUGAUUAUCCCAAUGGCUGGCUACAACGUCCGCUAUCCCACUAACAAAGUCGGGGAGUGGUAUCGCAAAAGACUUGCUCAUGAUGGACUGCAGCUGUACCAGUUUAGGCUUCCUUCGUUACAGCUGAACGUUCCUGGAUGCUAUCGACAUCUCCUGAAGUAUCCGCGUGAUCUGUCGUAUAGGUUUUUAAAAAGCGGCGAAGAACCGGUGGGAACUGGGGACAAUUCCCCCAAAGAUCCCGAAACUUCUCUUUCGGUGUCGUUUUGGCUCGAUCCUUCGUGUUACGCAACUGUUUGUUUGGGGGAAAUAAUGAAGUGCAAUCUUUAAAAAGAAAAGGCAGAGCUUCGCUGUAUAGAAAUACGACACGCUCAAUAAAAAUGGCAUGGGGCUGCGUAGAAAAUAAAUGGUGCUGUACCUUGGCUUGGG